CUUUGAUUUCGCUGUGUUCCAAUUAAAGGCGUCGGGUGUGUCUCGCCCUAACGAGCCCACAAGGCAAGUUAUGUACGCAUACCCACCAUCAUCGCCAUCAUCAUCGUAGGUUUUCCCAAGCCGAAGGAAACCGCAACUGCAGCAAAGCGAGCCACCGAAACCGUAGCACAAUACACAGCGAGCGAGAGCGAGCGUUCUUUUGAUUCGACUGACACACGACGAAAGGAGAAGAAACCAAGCAAUUCCCCGCUUCCUCCUCCUCCAAUUCCUACAUAGAUCACGCAUUUCUCCCUUCUUGCCGCCGCCGCCGCCGAACCGAUCGAAUCGAGUUAUUGUUCGUUGGAUUCCUCUCUCUCCGCCAUAAGAUUUCUCUGUCACUCGGCCCUUUUCCGUUUGUCUUGUCUUCUUAUCGGAUUACUUCUCGCAACACCAACCUGAAGUCUGUUAGGGUUCGAGCUCAUCGCAAAUUUCCCGUAAUCUUGGAGUGGGGAGUAUUUUUUUCGCUUCCUCGACCCCUUUGUUUGGAGUCUAGGGUUUGCCGUUCUCGAUCCCGAGCGCUUGCCGUUUUUUGGGAUUCAUCAUUGCUUGGAUGCUUGCCCUUUCUUGGCCAUUAGGGUUCUUAUCUUCAUGUGCGUUCUUUGAGUUGUUAAUUUGACGGUUUCCCGGGGAGCCGUCUUCGCCUGGUUUUCGAUCGUGGAUGCUUCAAACGCGUAAAUCUUGAUUAUGUGCGGAGAGAAAGGCGUUGAAACUCAGGCAGAUUCUGCGUUUUGACUGGAGGGGUUUUGCACAGUUUAGAUCUUUUUGGCAGAUUAAAUCUUGUACUUGUAUGAUGCUAAUUUAGAGAUCAUGGCGGCAGCGUAAUCACAAGCUUCACCCUUUCUUGGGCCAAUUAGUGCGAUGGGCAUCUUCUGAGAACAUACUUUGUACAGGAAAUAACACUCUAUAUAUAAGUUAUUUACAAUUGGAUCCAGAGGCAAAGGGUCUUAACUGUAUAUUGAUAAUGGUCUGCUCCGACAAUGGAGCGAGGUGAGCCAGCAUUGGUUCCACAGUGGUACAAAUUAGCAAAUGGGAGCACCUCCAACAAUUCCCUGCGAACCAGCUCUUCUAGACAUUCCGAUGAAAAUGGUGUCGGGGUUGGAUCAAGAAAUAUAUUAUUUGCAGACCAAGAUCGGAACUUGCGGCGGAGUUUGAGCUCUAAUGGUUCUGUAAGUCGCGAUAAAGGUAGCUCUGGUAAGUCACAGGCUUACAGUAGUUUUCGAAGGUCUCGUGAUAGAAACCAGGAGAGGGAUUUUGAUUCCUGUGAUAGGAAAAAUAGGUCAGUUUUGGUUGACAAUGGACUCGACCAUCUUGAUUCAUUUCUGGGAGUUAGGUCUGAAAAGGAUGCCUUGAGGCGCUCCCAGUCUAUGAUAGCCGGAAGGCCAGUCGACUCCUGGCCCAAAAGAGUUGGAAGCAGUGCAAAUAACAGUGCUCCAUCUGGAGAAAGUGCUGUUGGAAGUAUUAGCAAAACCUUCUUUGAGAGAGACUUUCCAUCCCUUCGAGCUGAAGGGAGGCAAGGUCUUUCAGAUGCAGUUGGUGUAUCACCUCUUGGUCUUAGAACUGCAGUUCAGAGUCUUCCCACUGGUUCUCCCAUCAUAAUUGGAACUUCAGCUCUGGCAGAAGUACCUGUAAAAGUUGAAACUAGUGCGGCUGUUCUCUCUCCCAUUCUACAAGGUGCUCCUAUUAGUCAGGCAUCUGCAGCAGGAAGCACCACGACAGGAUUAAACAUGGCCGAGGCAUUGGCUCAGCCAGCAUCCCAAGUUGUUAAAACACCUCAGUUAUCUGUUGACACUCAGAGGAUUGAGGAACUUACGCUUAAAAAGUGCAAGCAACUAAUACCAAUGACUCCUUCAAUGCCUAAAGCAUCAAGUUGCAACCCAUCAGAAAAAACAAAAUCAAAAGUUGCAAGAGGCGGAGAGUUCAGUUCUCUCACCAAGACUGGCCAGCAGUCACAUGUUAAUCAUACUGUCCGCGUACCAGCUAGAUCAGAUAUUCAAAAGACAUCUCAAGUGGGAAAUUUUCAAGUUCUUAACCGAGAGAAGAAUGGUGUCUUCCCUGCUGCCAAAGAUAGCCCAAGUGUUGGCAAAGGGAUGAACCCCGUAGGCAUAGUACCAUCUGCUGCAACUCUUCCUAUGAAGAACCUGACGGACCAAAAGCUUAAAGCUGACAAGAAUGGUGCCUUAACUCAUCCCUCCACUGGGGAAAGAAAGGUCCUUUCUCAAGCUCAGAACAGAAAUGAUUUCUUCAAUUUACUAAGGAAGAAAUCAUCGACAAGCUCAAGUGCUAUUCCAGAACCAAGCUCUGUUGAAACUGUGUCAAUUUUGGAAAGGCCAGAAGCAGAGAACCUGCAGAUCACAUCUGCUGACAAUAUGGAAAAUAACAACCUUAAACCAGUAUCUGAAUCGGAUCAUCCAACAGAGAUUGGCAAUUGUUUGAAUGGAGAUUCAUGUGCCUCUGAUGGGUCUGCAAGAUUUUAUACUGACAAUGGAGAAACUAAUCCUUGUUCAGACGCUGUUGUUGACCCUGAAGAAGAAGCUUUUUUACAGUCUCUUGGAUGGGAUAAAAAUGCUUGGGAGGAAGCUCUGACAAAGGAGGAGAUCGAUGCUUUCCUCAAGAAGUACGAGAAACAAAGACCAUUGAAGAUUGUGCCAACAGAUAUCUAUGGGAACAACUCAUCUGGUGCAGAUGCAUGAAGACGGAUCACAUCUGGCUCCAGAUCUGUAAUGCUGGUAGUCAAUUUCUGAAAUGAUUUCUCAUUGAUAUUUAGGGGACUUGGAGUAUGAGUUGAGUUCGAAAUACAGGUUGGUGAAGAGGUUGGAUGAGUUUUUUUUUCUCCUUUAGCUGCCUAAAUGAAUUUUAAAAUGCACAAUAAGAUUAUAAUUGCUUCAGUUUAUGGAGCUUUGGCAUGA